CGCCCCCUUUUCCUGCCGGUGCGGAAGUGGAAUUCUCCGGAGCUCCCACGUGGUUAACGUGGUUAAUAAGAGAGUUCGCGUUACAGUUUGUCAGCAGAAAACUCAAAACCAGCAAGUUAAACCAUAAUAAUCUGGUGUGCUUUAAAAAAAAACAUUUUUUUAUUUAUCUUACAUGGAGAGUUAGCUAAAGUGUUAGCUUAGCAGGCUAAUAAGGGGGUUUGCACUAGGGGGCAUAAAGAGAAGGAGUUGAGCUGAGCAUCGAUCAGAGACGAGAUGUCAGGAAGAGGUCGAGGUCGGAGUCUCUUCACCUUUAAUGUGGAUUCUCUGGGUUUCGGCAGAGGAGAAGCUUUACCCAGCAGCGUUCAGGCACCUUCAGCGCUCUACCCCCCCAUGCAGUUCAGACCGGUUCCUCUGCAAACAGGAGAGGAGGUGGACUACAUGCUCGCUCUUAAACAGGAACUCCGAGCCUCCAGCAAGAACCUGCCCUUCCACAUCCUACCAUCUGCACCUAAGAAAGACGUGAGCCGUUACUCUGAUAAAUACCAGACUGGAGAGGCGAAGCACAACGAAUGGACUCCAGACUGGAGUCGACUCCCUAAAGAGCUCUGCAUCAAAGUUCAGAAGUCACGCAAAGCCAAGUCCAAACCUGUAAUGAAGAGCAAAAUUAAACCUGCUGCUGCCAAAGAACUCUUACAGAAACUGGAGAACCUGGAAAAGAAAGAGGAGGUGAAUGAGUCAGAGGAGGAGGACGAGGACGAGGAGAAGAAGAAAAAGACCGGAGAGGAAGAAGAAGAGCCUGACAAUGCAGAGGAGUACGACGAAGAACAUUUUGAAGAGGAGACGGAUUACAUCAUGUCCUACUUUGACAACGGCGAGGAUUUUGGAAGCGACAACGAUGACAACAUGGACGAAGCCACAUACUGAAAAAAAUGUAGACAAAGUUUAGACGAUUUCUCACAUGCUGGAUUUUCUUUUAGACUAGAGUGUGUGUGGGUUUGUGUGUGGGUGUGUGUGUGUGUGUGUGUGUGUCUGCUUAAAGGAAACCGAUUAAACAAGAUGCAGUUCAUUCUUGUUCAUCAGAGCUGAGUUUAAGUGGCAUAAACCCCAGUUUUAACUCACGUAUAUUUUAUCUUAUUUUUAGGAAAUUUAUCGCUGCUGUUUACAUUCAUUAGCAGCUUUGUCCGAUAUUUUUGCUGCUUUAAAAAAGAUAUUCCAGAUGCAUCUUGGGACAUUCUUAUAUUUUCUUUUCUUUGUCUGUCAUAAUGUCUCUGACUGUGUUUGAUACACCAAGCUGUGAAAUCUUAUGUUUAUAUAUAUAUAUGUACAUGUACAGUAUAUAUAUAUAUAUAUAAAUAAUAUUAUCAAGUGUGUCUGAAAGAAAUAGAGAAAAAACAGCAAACAUGCUGAUUGGACAGAUGAUAAAGGGGUUAUAUUUAAACACGAGUGUGAAGGAAGAAAUAAUGACACUAGCAGGACUGACAUGACAAUUGUGAACACUGGUGUGUGUACACGAAGUGCUAUUAUACAUUAAAACGUGUUGUAAAGUGUUUACCUGAACUAUGAUGUUU